AUGAAAGUUACGUUGGACGACAUUGAGCCAGGGGAUACAGUCAUCGCUGUUUUGGGCGCCGUUGGGUCCGGAAAGAGUACCUUCAUUAAUGCCGCCACAGAGUCAGACGUUGGCGGCGCGCCUAAUGACAGUUUCGGAGAAGUUCAAGUAUCUAAAUGCCUCAUAUCCGGAACGUCAACCGUAUUUCUUGAAGUACCCAGCUGUGAAGAACUGGGGAAAUUCCUGGUAUUCGUGUCCAAGUGGCUUGAAAAGGCAUCGGAGAUGAACCUCAAAAUCUCAGGCGUCAUCUACGUCCAUUCAAUAAACAAUAUAAACUACGCCCUUGAUAGCCUACCUUUCCUCGAUAGCUUAGAUGCUAGCUGUGCUUCAAGUUUCCGCAGCAUAGUUCUCGUCACGUCCAUGUGGGGAACUGGGACCAACGACAUCCAUUCUCAGAGGGAACGCCAACUCAUAACUGAUAACUGGAAGCCUAUUUUGGACCGUGGUUCUACAGCUGUGAGGUUUCUCAACACGAGUCCUUCCGCCUUGUAUAUCUUGAGCAACAUUCUACCUCGCUGCAGAGGAGGAACGCCCGCGUCGUCAAUCGACCCACGGUACAUCCAGCGUAUCGACGCACAACCAGAAGACGGGCACUAUCCGCACGUUUCUCUGCUUGCUGCGCUGAUCCAAGCAAGUAGUUUCUCCGUGUUCGUUGACUCUGGGGUCGAUGUUUGGAACGAAGCCGUCCGUGCCACUCUCGCAAUCAUGAAUACACCCGAGGUGCGCCUCAACCCCAGCGCCCCCGUUAUCAUGUUUACCAAACAGCUUCAGACAUCUCAGGGCCAUCGUCGCCUAUUUUGCUACAUUGCGUCGUAUGCUGCUGAAUUGUUAUUCGCUAUCUCCGAGCAAGUUAAGGCAGGGAUGCCGUAUGCGGAGGUCGCAGAUACGGUGUACAAUUUGAACCAACGGUUGCUACCACUAAGGAAGGGACCGUUGCCUGUAAGGGCGCGAAGGUGGCCCCGCUCGCCCCAACUAGCCCUAUUAAAAGAUUGCAAACUACAUAUAGAGGCCACACGUCAGUUCUUCGAGGAAGCAACCCUUCUGGGACUGCAGGGUGUCAUCGAUCGCAUCGAGGCUCGCUUAGCUGGACGGUCUUUGAACGAAUACGAGCCUUCACUCACAGAAAGUCAAUUCAGUUCCCUUGAAAGCUUUACCUCUGAGUAUAGUCGAGCCAGUGUCCCGCAUCAAGACGAUGGGCGAUCCAUACCAGACCUUCAGCAUGCAGAUAGGUUCCUUGAGGUCAAAUACAUGGCCCAAACAAAAGGAACCCUAGAACGGCUGGAGGCACUGGCCAUUUCUGCCCGGCUUAGCAUCCCUUUUCAAUCGGGCCCUCAGACGGAGGGUAGUAUACCACAAAAAAUGACUGUACUUCAAGCGCACGGGUUCGACCGUAUAGCCCACUUGCAGCAAUCUAUCAACCGCGUUGAAUCCUUCGUCAAGGUAGGCUUGGCUAACUGUGCUGCCGCACGGGAACCAGGCUCCCCUAAAGAUACCAUGUCGGUGGUUGCACCAAUCACUGCUGAACUCGCUUCUUCGAAUCUUCGCAGUAGUGAGAAGCCACCAUACCCUGCCCUUCCCAAACUUGUUUUCGACGCCCGGCUCCUUUCGCACUCUUCGAAGAACUCACCUGCAACACCCAUACGCCGGAAGCCAAACCAUACAAAAAUUGAUCAAGGAUCGAGUCGUGGUUCGCCCGUAAUGCACGUUGACUGUACAGCUUAUUCCCCUUCUCUCAGGACUUCCUUUCUCAAAGAGGAUGUGUCGCCGCUAAUUCAGAGACAAUUCAUACCUUCUUUCUCGAGCUUAGCCCCCUUCAUCCCCGAAGAUUCGUUUACCCCUACGCCCACACGUUGGAAUCCCAAUCUCCCUCCCGUCGACGCGACAUUAGUCAACACUUCAAACCCAUCAUUGACCAGCUAUACGUCACAGUCUCACUCAAAUUCGAUAACUACCCAUGAUAAGAGCGAAAAGCUGGACGUCCCGCGGCCAUUCCCGAGCCUUGGAACGCCAGUCUCUACUUCGGCUUCCGACCUCGUGGUUAACGACGCGAACCAACCACACAUCCGAACCACUCCUGACGGAGGUUCUUCGCCUUUUAGCUCCCUGAUUGGCCUCUAUGUCGACCAACUAGCAGAGACUAAAGAGCAUUUCUGGCACAGCUGUCGUGAGACCGCCACAGUCACCAUCUACGUCAAUCAACUAUUGCUGGUUGAAGGCGACCACUUCCAUGGCGCUAUCAAUGGGAGCAGUAGUGUCGGUGGUUUAGGUAAUGUUUACUAUGGUAUGUGCCAUCUUCGUUAG